CAUCUCCUCCUUCACCAAACAACACUAUCCGAGAACACAUUUCGACCCCCAUACCCUCAAUUGUUACUUGUUUGACUCUGAUAAGGUCUUACACGUAAUUGCAGCAUCAGAAUCAUCCUUCUUUCGUUUCUACCAGGCACGCACGCUGUCUCAUUGCCAAUAUCCUUCCCUGGUCAUCCACCUACAGUCGUCGCGCUACCGCGACAACAACAACCUGGACGUCUACACCACACGCGACUUCACACUUCAGCCUUCGACAACAACAUGAGUGCGACACCUCAACCUCUAAUGAUUCCGAGGGUAGAGAUACCAGUCAUGGAGAUGGCUCGAGCAUCCUCUUCAGACUCGAUUCUCAGUGCCAUUACCGUCGACGAUUUGAACGCGCCUCCGUCAUUCUCCUCUACUCCUCCCACCAGCAUUGGUGACAGUGCCAGCAUUUCCUCUACCUCCCUACAACUUGAUGACACCAGUGCUACUCCUGCUGAACCCUCUACUGGCCGCAGCCGUCGCGUUCGCACCAGCGUUGGUACGUACAACGUCAAGGUUCUAAGUGGCACUGCUAUCCAUGCGCCAAGGAAGUUUAGAAAGGACAAUGACGAUACUGAGGCCCGCCGAAGAACUAUAUCAGGAGAUACACUUAUUGGAGCUCUCGCCUCUGGUAAUACCUCCACCGAAUCGGUACAAAAGGAAGCCAGCAGACUUGUCCGCGAUGGUAUCGAAGCUUUGGAUCUCCAGUGGUCUGUGAAGGGCCUUUAUAAAUCCAAGAGUCAGACUGAGUUGAGUGGAGGCGCCGAGAAGUCUGCCAAGCAAAUCGAACUUGAACGCCGUCGCUCUACACGCUCUGCCGGAGAGAAGAUCGAGAGUUUCACGAAGAAGUUGACUGGUGUAUUGGGCAAGAGAAGCAGGAAGCAGGAGGAUACCGUAGCUGGCCCGAAGAAGGCGAAACGAGAACUACGAAACCUUGCAGAUACCCCAGAAUUCGCAAAGAUCGACACAAAGCCUGUCGUCCAUGAGGUUUGGAGCAAAGGCAAGUUGGUUGUUGCAGAGCCUCCCCGAAAGAAGAAGAAAGUUGAAGCACCAGAGCCGGAGAAGACCAGAGUAGAGGAAGCAAAAUCUAUCGAGAAGAAGAAGAAGUUUGGAGGCAAGAGAGCGAAGACUUGGCUGAAGAAAGGAUUGUACGCCGGCCAGGAUCCACAAGUGAACCGUGACUGGUUCAAGGACGAUUCUCUUGAUAUGCGAAAGAAGAUGGAGGAUAUUGCUCCUUACAAACCAAAUGGAUUCAUGCCAUUGCCUAUGUGGCACGGACAGAGACUUCUACAAACCGGAAGAGACUUUAAGUUACCAUUUGAUGUCUGCAACCCAUUACCACAUGGACAGCCAAAGCCAAACGAAUGGCAAAAGACGUCAAGAAACCGUUUCGUGGGCAAUGCCGGUACUCUCUGGAGAACGUCAAGCCUUUUCGACAGCUUCUCUUCUAAAUGCGUCUGUAAGCCUGAGAAUGGAUGUGACGACAACUGUCAGAAUAGGGUCAUGCUGUAUGAGUGUGACAAUGAGAACUGUGGUGCUGGUAUUGAACGUUGCACCAAUCGUGCAUUCGCUGACCUUCAAGAACGUCGAAAGCUAGGUGGACCGUACAGAAUUGGUGUAGAAGUUAUCAAGACUGAAGAUCGUGGCUAUGGAGUGAGAAGCAACCGUUGCUUUGGGCCCCACCAGAUCAUCGUUGAGUAUACAGGAGAGAUCAUCACUGAAGAAGAAUGUGAUCGACGAAUGAAUGAAGAUUACAAGGACAACGAUUGCUACUACUUGAUGUCAUUUGAUCAAAGUAUGAUCAUUGAUGCAACUAAAGGAAGCAUUGCACGAUUUAUCAACCACUCUUGCAUGCCCAACUGCCGUAUGGUAAAGUGGAUUGUUGGAGGAAAACCUCGAAUGGCACUAUUCGCUGGAGACAAUCCCAUUAUGAGUGGCGAAGAGCUGACCUACGACUAUAACUUCGAUCCGUUUUCCGCAAAGAAUGUCCAGGAGUGCCGCUGUGGUAGUGACAAUUGCCGUGGUGUCCUUGGCCCGAAGCCCAAGGAUGUCAAGCCGGCCAAGGAAAUUGUCAAAGAGGCCAUCAAGGCUGGGGUCAAAGCCAGCAAGAGAAAGUUCAAGGAGCUCUUCGGUAUGGACGAGGAAGAUGAUGGAGACCGCAGUCCUAAGAAGCGAAAGAUGAAGGAGGCCAAGGGUGUCAAGAGAUCUGCUUCCUCAGCUAGCAUGAAGCUGGUCAGCGGUGCUGCGGAAACCAUCAAGAAGACGGUCUCAAGUUCACUUCUCAACGUGCGACGAACAACCGGUACCAAGAGAGUCAUCAAGAAGACCAUCAAAGCCAGUGCGUUGCAGGCAUACGGAAAGAGCCAAAAGAAUGCAUCUUCUCGCAACUCGAGCUUGACGAUUGUUGCGACUGAAAGCAACUCGCUUAGCACGAAAGGAAAUGCCUCGAGUCUAGGAAAGCAAAGUGUACGAAAGUAUAAGGCCAAAGGCAUCCGAGGAAACCAUAAAGGAUCUCGUGAUGCUAGUGCAGGAACCAUUCGAGUUGUUGCUGGUAGUGAAGACGAUGAGGAAUAGACACUCAUCUUUGGAUGCAUACGGUUGCUGCGAAUUCCUCAUCCGGUGGCUGGAGUAAAUGGGAACAUUUCUUUCGUUGUGACUUGUCUUCAACAGCAGUCUCUAUGUAUGACUAUCUCCCUCAUUUUCGCAGUUUCGCAGGUAUGGCUAAGCAUGGUAGCGAGGUUCUUCGCAUGGUGUUUUUGGUGUUUUUGAUAGUUGGUUCUUCAGCACAGGCUACCUGAGUACAUUAAGAAUCAAG